AUGAUUAUUUGGUCGACUUUGAAUACAUGCUCUCGUCUCCUCUUCCAUUCGCUUAUCUGCCUUAUUCUUACUCAGGAUGUGCUUUCAGCACUGGGUUCACCGAGUCGGGUGUACUACAAGACAGAAGAUAAGAUGAUGAUCCACUUGCCUCAGUCCUAUCGAAAGUUGCGACAGCAGCGCUGCGACUACUUCUACAACUACUUCACUCUUGGAGUGGACGUCCUCUUUGAGGCGCGGACACAUCGUGUUAUCACCUUUGUGCUUCACACCAAUCAACCUGGGGAAUACACUUUCAACACCUACUACCGUUGCAUGUUCGAGAUUCCUCUCUCAAUCACCUCCGACGACGGUGAAGUCAAGUCAGUCGUUAUCAACCCUUUCGUGAAGAUACAAUCCCUGCUGGAGGGUGUGAUUAAUGAGCAGCCCGUGGUGAUCCACCAGGAGACCACUGCUCGCAGAAAUCCUUUCGGCGUGACCAACGCCUACAACUAUCGUGAUCUCAUCUUCGAGGUGCUUCCGCAAAACGGGUAUCUGGCCUCGGUGACAAUCUACUCCCUGCCUGAAGAGUCUGCAUCCUAA